UCCGGUCACCGUCUCCGCUGCCGUCGCCGGGAGCCACCUCACAGGGGAACAGGUCACAACUGUUGGCCGUUGUCCAGAAGAGUAAAAGUGGGUCCUGCCACGCUCGGAGCUACCUGGCGCCUCACCGGGCUAGAGCUGGAGAACAAGUCGUGUGGUGGCCACCGGCGUGGAGCGGGACGGGAGCCCCCUUGGAGGGGGCAGCCCCGAGAGAACCUGCUGCGGCCCGAGCGGUAAAAAUAAGUGACUAAAGAAGCAUAUCUGGGAGUCAUCUAACAUGUUGAGGAGAAGAUUUGAUUGCCGAAGUAUUUCAGGCUUGAUAACUACAACUCCUCAAACUCCAAUGAAAAUGGAAAACUUUAAUAAUUUUUAUACACUUACAUCUAAAGAGCUGGGAAGAGGAAAAUUUGCUGUGGUUAGACAGUGUAUAUCAAAAUCUACUGGCCAAGAAUAUGCUGCAAAAUUUCUAAAAAAGAGAAGAAGAGGGCAGGAUUGUCGAGCAGAGAUUCUACAUGAAAUUGCCAUACUUGAAUUGGCAAAGUCUUGUCCUCAUGUAAUUAAUCUUCAUGAAGUCUAUGAAAAUGCCAGUGAAAUCAUUUUGAUACUGGAAUAUGCUGCAGGUGGAGAAAUUUUCAACUUGUGUUUACCUGAGCUGGCUGAAAUGGUUUCUGAAAAUGACAUUAUCAGACUCAUUAAACAAAUACUUGAAGGAGUUUGUUAUCUACAUCAGAAUAACAUUGUUCACCUUGAUUUAAAGCCACAGAAUAUAUUAUUGAGCAGCAUAUACCCUCUUGGAGAUAUAAAAAUUGUAGAUUUUGGAAUGUCUCGAAAAAUAGGGAAUGCUUGUGAACUUCGGGAAAUCAUGGGAACGCCAGAAUACUUAGCUCCAGAAAUCCUGAACUAUGAUCCUAUUACCACAGCAACAGAUAUGUGGAAUAUUGGCAUAAUAGCAUAUAUGUUGUUAACUCAUACAUCUCCAUUUGUGGGAGAAGAUAAUCAAGAAACAUACCUCAAUAUUUCUCAAGUUAAUGUAGAUUAUUCAGAAGAAAUUUUUUCAUCAGUUUCACAGCUGGCCACAGACUUUAUCCAGAGGCUUUUAGUAAAAAAUCCAGAGAAAAGACCAACAGCAGAAAUCUGCCUGUCUCAUUCUUGGCUACAGCAGUGGGACUUUGGAAGCUUAUUUCACCCUGAAGAAACUUGCAGUUCCUCUCAAAGUCAAGAUCAUUCAUUAAGGUCCUCUGAAGACAAAACUUCUAAAUCCUCUUGUAAUGGAACUUGUAGUGAUCGAGAAGACAAAGAGAAUAUUCCAGAGGAUAGCAGCAUGGUUUCUAAAAGAUUUCGCUUUGAUAACUCAUUGCCCAAUCCCCAUGAACUUGUUUCAGAUUUGCUGUGUUAGCACUUUUCUCUUUGAGUUAUUUGGACUGAAUUUGGAAUUUGAAAUCUACUCCAAUGUGAGGUUGUAGUUUGUAGCUUCAUUUAUGGCUUGUUUAUAUUGUAAAUGCACUUUUGCAUAGGAGAGUUUAGGGAAGUGUUUUGAUGCUACAUUACUAGCUACCAGUAUAAUUUCAUUUCCUGUUCUGAGAUACUAACUGCAGAGAAGAAAUAUUUAAAUAUAUGACAAAAGAUAAAGUUUUGCAUGUGAGUUUACAUGUUAGGGAAAUAAUUCAAGUUCAAAUGGGUUUUUCAAAAUGUUUUACAGAUAAGGAAAACAGUGAUUUGGGUUAUGUUAUGGUUGAAAUAAACUGAACAAAAUGAAGACAUUUGAAUUUAAUAGGUUCUCUAAGCUAAGUCCUAUACCAUGCCUCUAUUGACAAAAUUUUGUUAGGAUAAUAGUGUCAAGUUUAAGAAGACUAUGUCCUAUUUUAUAGAUGCUCAAAGGAUUUUUUACAUUUGAAAAUAUUUCAAUCACAAAUAUUUUGAAACUGCCUAAAAUUUCCAGGAUAUAUGGUCUGCUAUAUGAGACAGGUCCUUUAACCAGAGCAAAGAGGGAGUUAGAAACCUGAUUAGGAAUACUCUAUACGAGUUGGAGCAGAAAAAAGAGCAGCGUGGCAUCAUUUUUUAACUCAAAUGUCUUUUGCCCUCUCUCAACGUUCUUCAGAUUAUUUAAUAAGGUCUGAAAGAUGGAGAAUUAGAUGGUACACAAGUGUAGAGGAUUUUCAUCUUCCAGAAUUUCUGGAGUAGAAGAGACUUAAAUAAAACUGAAUGUGCUCUAUUUUGGGUGGCCAAACAUAUUUAUUAUUUGAGUAUAGGACAAAAUGCUGCCUGAUUUUGGCAACUUAGAGAAUUUUAGAUGUUUUCUGAGUCUUAGGAUAUAAGCCAGUCAUUCAGAGUUCUAAAAGUGUGCAUAAAAAAAUAUCACAGCCCAGUAAGACUAUUAACUCAGGGCUAGAGUCUGUGACAGCAAGGUGAACGUGAUCAUAAAACCUGAUGACAUCACGCUCUUCUCAAGUGCUUUUGUAGAAUUCCAGUGAGUGACGAGGCUCAGCAGAAGGCAAUCUGCCAGGUGGCCUUUAAUGGUCUUUUGCUGGGACCAAUCUAAGUAAGAUUCGAAGGUCAGCAGAGUGGCUGAUGACUGUUUUGCUAAUAGAGGGAAAUUUACUCCUUUUUUGGUUAUCUUUGAUGACUUUGCACCUGGUUACUAUUAAAGAUUCAUGUUAGGAUAACUGUAACCUCAUUACCAUGUUACUACAUUAAAAGAAAUUAUAUUUUGACCAAAAAAAAUUCUUGAGUUCCCCCCUUGAAUUAUAUAUUACUCUAAACUUUUAACUUUCUGAAAUCUGGUAAAAUUCCAAAUAACUUAAAACUGUUUUUAAUAGCCAUCUGUUCACUUUAUUUGGCUAAGUGGUGACUUCCUUUUAAAUCUUCAGCAUUUCUUAAAGGAAAAGUUAUUUCUACUUGUGUGUGCAUAUGUGUAUAUGUAUAGGCUAUGUAUUUAUGUAUAGAUAGAUAAAAUAUAGUCUUUAGACAACCUUCUCUUAGAGAUUCUUUGCUCUACUAUAUUGUGUUCAACUCAGGUGCCAAAGGAGCUCUCUUCUUAGGACAUGUAAAUAUACAUUUAAAUUCUUUAAGAAGUAGUUUGUUGUUCAAUAAACUAGCCAUUGCAGAAGCUACAUUGGGCUCUUGUAUAUCUAAAACUGAGUUUUUUCUAAAUUGUUGAUUGUCCAUUUAUUUGCCUUCCAUAUUAAGCUAAUGCAGGUAAAGCUUGGUAAGCCAUUGGUGGAAGAGGAUUUUUACAAAAGAUCAUAUUUUAUUUUUAAAUUUCUAGAGGAAUUAUGCCAUAGUAAAAAUUAAAAAUAAAGAAAUGUUUGAAUUUGAAAUUAUAAGCUAAUUCUUAAAAAAUAUUUUAUACCAGUUUUCUUUUAGUCUGAGGAAUCUUAAAAUAGUUCAUAUGCUGCCCCUUAGUUAACAGAAUACACAAAGUCGUAAAUUUCCAUACCUUUCUCCCUAACAAUUUUUAUUGUAAAAAAGUAACAAGUAGUUGCACAAACAGUAUAAAAAUUCAAUUUUUUCAUAAAAGUGAAUUUAAAUAUUUUCACUGUUUGAAAUGUGAAAAUUAAACCAGUAUUUAGAGAGAACUCAACAAAUGACUCAAUUCUUUUUCUCUCAAGAUUGAAAACAAGCAUCUAUCAAAAGUAGGUGAUAUACCUCAUUAAAGUAGGAAUUUUAGCCCCUCUGAGGUGAACCAGAUGUCUUAACACUUAAACACAUCUGAAAAUUAAUGUUAAAUUGUGAUGAGUUUAUAAAGUUUAAUAACUUUUCUUUUUGGAUAGAUAGGAUUAAAAAAUAAAGUAUAGACGACAGUUACAAUUGUCAUUUUAAUUUUUUUCUCCACAGUCAAGUUAACUCUGAGCAGUAAAAUUAUAGUGGCACUUUAAGGAUGUAAGCAGUGUGUGUUCUGCAGUCUGUAAUGAGAUAAGGCACCUGUGCCAGACUGUAUAUCAAUACAUUGCUUCCUUUAAAGCAAGUUGUUUAAAAAAAAGUCAGCUGAUUAAUGAUAUAAUUGAUUUUCAUCCUGGUACAAGUUAUUUCUUUCGUUUGGGAUGGGUUGCUAAUAGCUGACGGACCAUACUUGGAAUAGCCUUGCUCUAAGCAGCAUUUAUAAAUUGAUAUUUUAUAACUGUUUACAUUUCUUCUGUUUAUUUUUGAAUUUCCAUUUUUAUAUCUGUCUUAAAAACUUGUCUUUAUUCAUUGUUGUGUAAACAAUUGUACUUCAAUUUCAAAUUGUAUUAAAAUUAAGUUAUCUGACCUCCAAUUUGGAGAAAUAGUAUAAAUUUAUAAUUUUAUGAGUUUAAAGAAUUUUAAAUUCUAAUUGUAAAUUUCACACAAAUUACAACUGCCCCCAUCUUUCAUUAAAUAAUCAUGUUGCUUAAACAUGUUGACUGACAUUAUUAUGAAUACCCCAGUAAAAAAAAUAUAUAUAUAUCAAUUUAAUGAUCCUUUUGGUUAAAAAUUAAAAAGCACUUUUUACAUCUGUGAUUGUCUUUUGCUUUAAAGUAUUUCUAAGUUUGUUUUUCUUAAAAGCAAACCUUGCCUGAAGGUUCUAGCCUUGACACGUCAUCUUUGAACUCCCUUUUCAGUACAUAUCUGUUUAUUAGAUCCUGUCUAUUAAAAAGCCACAUAAAUUUGAAAACAAGUCUGUUCUCUGAUAAUGCUAGAUAUUUUCAGAAAAUGUCAGUGAAUGGCAGUGUACUACCUGUUGCAUAAGGAUGAAUAAGGGAUUUUUAUUUACCCAGAAAUGGGUGAACUGUUUCU